AUGAAGCAAGGAAAUAGGACAGUCGAUGAGUUCUACACGGAUUUAGAGGUGACUUUAAUGCGGGUUGAUGUUCGAGAGAGUCAACAAGCCAUGGUAGCGGGGAUCUUGACUGCGAUGAAUCGAGACAUUUUUGAAAAAUUGCGAUUGUAUCAUUUUGAUGAUAUUGAUGAAUUGUUAGAACGUGCCAUUACAAUUGAGAAGCAAUUGAAGCGUAAGGGCAAACAGCAAACAUCUCGUACAAAGCCUUUCACACCAAAUUAUACCAAGAAGGAUGAAUCCCAAGGGGCCCAAGGGUUCGGUAAAAGAAAAUGUGUUAUCAAGGAUGACACACUAAGGAACAAAUAUUUUGGAGCUGAUCUAGAGAAGCCGAGGAAUCGAGAUAUCAUUUGCUUCAAGUGUCAAGGUCGAGGCCACAUUGCAAGUCAAUGCCCAAACAAGAAAACGAUGAUCCUUAACAAGUUUGGGGAAUACGAGACGGAAUCUGAAAAUGAGAAGAGGGUUGAUCAGAGAGUACAUGCAGAAAAUAACCCAAAUGAUGACUCUGAUUCCGUUGUUGGUUUGGGUUGGGUUACUUUACGAGCCUUAAGCACCAUGUCAAGGACCUUUGAUGAGGAACAACGAGAAAAUCUCUUUCAAACUCAUUGCCUAAUUGAAGGUAAAGUGUGUAGCCUCAUUAUUGAUAGUGGGAGCUGCACAAAUAUUUGGGUUAGCAAUUGCGGAGAGUUGAAUGUGAACAAGCAGGUGACGGUUCCUAUCAAGAUCAAGAAUUAUGAGGAUGAAGUCGUUUGUGAUGUGCUACAGAUGCAAGCUUGUCACGAAUAUCAAGAUAUGUUUCCUGAUGAAGUAACCGGAGGAUUGCCACCUAUUCGAGGCAUUGAGCACCAAAUGGAUCUCAUUCUAGGUGCAUCAAUUCCAAAUCGUCCAGCUUACAAGGCAAGUCCAGAGAAGGUCAAAGAAAUACAAAAGCAAGUGGAUGAGUUACUUGACAAAGGCUGGAUUCACGAGAGCCUAAGCCCUUGUGUUGUACCGGUUCUUCUUGUCCCAAAGAAGGAUGGUGGAUGGAGAAUGUGCAUUGAUUGUCGAGCCGUAUAUGCUAUAACGGUAAAGUAUCAACGCCCUAUCCCUCGUUUAGAUGAUAUGCUAGAUGAACUGUAUGGGUCAAAGUACUUUUCUAAAAUUGAUUUGGAAAGUGGAUAUCAUCAGAUUAGGAUGAGGGAAGGUGAUGAAUAG